CCCCUGGUGAUUUGAUCUAUCAACACGUAUGGUCCCAGCUCGUUCAUGCUUACUCUUCCAGAGUGACGAGUCCAACGUUCUCAUUGACACUGUAUCGGCGCAGUCGCUUUUCAACUUGCACAGUCAGGGCGGAGCAUUGCUCAAGUAGAACAGCCGGUCCGUCCUUGCAUCGCUUACAUCAGUGAAAGCGUUUCGCAUCGUCUCCAGUGCGCCUGCAGCCGUAUGAUCACUCAUAAUGUCGAGACGGAGUCGAGAUAAGAAGCCAGAGGUGGUUGAGUCCGGGCUAAGAGAAAUGAAGCUCGAAGGAAGCGAUUCCCAGGAAGAUGAGGCGCCAGACGCCAUUAGAGGGGCUGGCAUCAAAAGAGAGUCCACAACUCCCAAUGGAACUGCCUCGCCCAGAAAGUCCGGUUCAAAGUCGCCAGAGAAAACCGAACUCAAAACCCAAGAUUCCGCAAGUUCAUCACCAUCUGAAAAUAUCGACAAGGUGGAAACGGUUACGGGCGAUGUUACAGUAAAAAUGGAGCCAGGCCAGGCGCCAAAGCUUGCCCGCUCAUCUUCACAAAAGAUCAUCCCACAGCCCGCACAAUUAUUCGACCAUUUACCGGAGAAGACCACUGAGGCUACAGCAACGUUCAGCUUGAUGGCAGACUGUACCUACUCAGCAAAAUACCUCGGGGCCACUGAACAUUCUAUGGAGUGCGACUGUACAGAGGAAUGGAAUUCAUCAUCCGGUACAAAUGCGGCUUGCGGAGAAGACUCCGACUGUAUUAAUCGCGCCACAAAGAUGGAGUGUGCUCCCGACUGCGGCUGCGGAACAGGCUGCCAAAACCAGCGAUUUCAGCGAAAGGAGUAUGCCAACGUUUCUGUUAUUCAAACUGAGAAAAAAGGGUAUGGCCUUCGUGCAGAGUCGCAGUUAACGCCGCAUCAAUUCAUUUUCGAGUAUCUUGGAGAGGUCAUAAAUGAAGUCCAAUUCCGACGGCGAAUGCGAGAUUACGACGAGGAGGGGAUCAAGCAUUUUUACUUCAUGUCCCUCAGCAAGGGCGAGUUUAUCGACGCCACCAAAAAGGGAAAUCUAGGCCGAUUCUGCAAUCACUCCUGUAACCCGAAUUGCUACGUGGAUAAAUGGGUCGUUGGUGAUAAGUUGCGCAUGGGAAUAUUCGCGAAGCGAGUAAUCAGACCUGGAGAAGAGCUAGUCUUUAACUAUAAUGUCGACCGCUACGGAGCCGAUCCGCAACCAUGCUACUGUGGGGAGCCCAAUUGUACGGGCUACAUAGGAGGGAAAACGCAGACCGAGCGGGCCACCAAACUGUCCAUUGACACCAUUGAAGCCCUGGGCAUCGAAGACCACGACAGUUGGGAUACCGCCGUAGCACGUCGACCCCGCCGUAAAAAGGCGGCCGGGGAGGAUGAUGAAGAAUAUGUCAAUAACCUUGAGCCUAGAGCAUUGAACGAGGAAGGCGUCACCAAAGUGAUGGCAACCCUUCUCCAAUGCAAGGAGAAAUGGAUUGCUGUCAAGUUGCUUGGCCGUAUACAGCGCUGCAAUGAGGAGCGUGUUAUCAAUCGAGUCGUCAAAAUGCACGGCUAUCAGAUUUUGAAUUCUUCCCUUUCGUCCUGGAAGGAUGAUUUCAACGUCGUCUUGCAAAUCUUAGAAAUUCUCAACAAAUUUCCUCGCCUCACUCGGAAUAAGAUCAGCGACUCCAAGAUUGAUGUAACCGUCGACAGUCUGUUGACAUGCGGAGAUGAUCGUGUGGAGACCGGUGCAGCAGCGAUCCUAAAGGAAUGGAGCACUCUCGAAGUUGGAUAUCGCAUUCCGCGGAAAAAGCGCGACCCUAACGGCAAUGCAACACCAAGUCGGCCGGAACGUUUUGAUAGACGAGAAUCUGUCCGUGAAGAACGCAGAGAACGCUCGAAAAGUCGAUCGAAAUCACGGUCGAGGUCCCGCUCCCCUGAAGCGCCUCGUGGUCCGGCCGCUGGGAACAACCCUCGCGGCUCUGGCCAACAACGGAAGAACUUUUACAAUGGCCCUCGGGCACCACGCCGCACUUUCAAUCCACUUCCGCCAGGAUGGUUUUCUGCUGUUUCUAAUGGAAACACAUACUAUUACAGCGCCAGCGGCCAAACCACAUGGAGCCGACCCACCACGGCAGCCGCCCAACCUCCGCCUCCACCCAAGGUCAUUUCAAGCGACAAGAAGCUUCAAGAAAUUAUUGACAGCAUCACCAAAUCGGCAACUCCUAAGGAGAAGACUCCUGCCUCGGCAACGCCGCAGCAGCAACAGCCUCAAAGUCAGGCAAAAGGGCCGGAGAAGACGCCGACUAAGCCAAAAGAGAAAUGGAGGUCGUAUAACGAAGAGAAGCGAAAAAAGGUGUACGAAAAUACGGUAUGAUAUUCCCUUUCCCAUGAGUUCCUUUCUUUGCUUCAAAUAUAGUCGGUCGGCUUUGUGCAGUGUGCUGAUAAUGACAGCUUUUCCCUCAUAUUAAAUACGUCAUGGACAAGUUCAAGUCGAAGCUUCCAAGGGAGGAUCUGAAGCGCUUUGGAAAGGAGGUGAGUUAAGUGCAACACAACAAUUGUGCCGUGAUUAAUUUUUUUUUUUUUU